CAACAGAAGCAUUGAAGAAAGGUAACAAAGAGGAUGAAGAGUCGAAAAAGAAGGAAAACGCGAAAAAGAAAAACGAAAAACGAUUAAAAAGAGAAGCAAAUGUUCUUAGCAGCAAAGAGAUUCUGAAGUCUCUAGAUGAAGAAUCAUAUGAAAAUUCUGCUUUAUUCAGAAUCGAAAAGAAAGCAGACGUGGCACUGCGCAUAACCAGAAAUUUGAUGAAUGUACUAGAAUUGCUUCAAAAAGAGAUCACUGAGUUCAAAUCAACGGAUGUUGCAGCUUCAUCAAACAGCUUUGCUUCAACUAGCAAACUUUUGGAUUUCACUAGUGAAAUUCUUGCUCCAACUAGUAAUCUACCUGCUUCUGCUAAUGAAUUUCCCGCUUUCACUAAUGAAGAGCCUGCUUCCACUAAUGAGUUUCCCGCUUGCACUAGUAAAGUGCCUCCUAUUAGUAAAUUGCUUGCCUCCACUAGUGAUUUUUCAGUUUCUACUAGGAAAGCGUCUACUUCCACUAGUAAAGUGCCUGCUUCCAAUAGCAAAGCGCCUGCUUCUACUAGUAAAGCGCCUGCUUCUCCUAGUAAAGAGCCUGCUUCUACUAGUAAAACGCCUGUUUCUACUAGGAAAGUGUCUACUUCCACUAGUAAAGUGCCUGCUUCUGCUAGUAAAACGCCUGCUUCUACUAGCAAAGUGCCAGCUUCUACUAGUAAAACGCCUGCUUCUACUAGUAAAGCGCCUGCUUCUACUAGUAAAACGCCUGCUUCUACUAGUAAAGCGCCUGCUUCUAAUAGUAAAACGCUUGCUUCUACUAGUAAAUCGCCUGCUUCUACUAGUAAAUCGCCUGCUUCUACUAGUGAAUAUUCCGCUUCAACUAGUAAGCCUCCUGAUUUCACUAGAAAAGUGUCUGCUUCUGUUAGUAAACUUCACGCCUCAACUAGUAAAUUUCCUGCUUUCACGUUCAACACAACAAAAAGCUUGGUUCCUCAAUACGAAACUGACGAGGAUGAAAACGAAGAGUUUGAAAAUUUUAACGCGCCCUGGAAUGAACUGGAUUUUACAAAUGACAAUGAUAGCUUUGAUUUAUCUACUCAACUUUCUGCUUCCGCCUCCAACACUGCGGAUGCUAAGGAUAAUCAAGAUUUAAGAGAAGAAAAAGAAGAUGAUGAUUAUGAAGGAGAAGACGAUAAUGAAUCUGACAAUGUGGAGGACGAAAACGAAGGCAAAAGAGAGAAAAAGAAAGAAGAAAUUUUUCUUUUUACGAAAGAAAAUGGUGAAAAGGCUGUUGAAUUAAUUAAUGGCAGCGAUGUUUAUAUUGAAAAAAGUGCGCUGAAGAAUGCUAGGGCGACAUCAUCUGUUCAGACGACAUUGGCGAGACAGUUAAUGUGUUCAAUUUUUACCCAGAAUGCUUUGUUGAAAUAUUCGUUAUGUGGAAAAGGAAAAUUAAAAACAAGAAGAGAUGGUUUGCCUCCCCACGCAAUUCGUACCAUUUUAAAAUAUGCCAGGGCAACCGCAAAGCAUGCACAGUGGACAGUUCUCGAUAACCAAUCUGUCAAAGCUAGUCUUCGUUGCAAACUGCGAGAGGUGCAAUUAAAAUCAUCAAAAAAUUAA